GGGGGGGUUACAAAGAUUCUCCGUCCACCUCGGGCAGAACCGCCCAGGUCGGCUGAGCGGCCGCUGGUCCGGUUGCUUUUUGCAAGCGAAACGUUACGGCUGCGACAUCAACCUCGGGAACCCCAACGGGGGCGGAGAUUUAGAGGAUUCACGGGCAAUUCGAAGCUCUCAAAGUUUGAGAGGAAAUCGCAGAGGUCUGAAGGAGCCCGGACCUUCGCCUGGAAGGAGCCGAUGCGAUGGAAGGAGAUCAGCCCCCUCUGACCGCAGGAGAGCUGACAACCCCCUUGGUGAAGAAGGCUCACACCCCACCUCUCCAUGAGGACGCCAACACCGUGGUCAUCGCAGUUGUCAUCACCCUGGUGUUCCUCACCCUGCUGACGGUCCUGGUGGUGAUCAUCACCUACCUGUACAGAAACAAAGGCAGCUACCUCACCUACGAGCAGCCGGCGGCAGAGACCGACGUCUCGGUGCAGAUGGAGGACGCUCCAUCCAAAGAAAAAGAAGAAUAUUUUAUCUAAGCCCCCGGGUCCAGCUCUCUGACGCGCUCAGGUCCGAGUUACCUAAAUUUCCUGGACUUGGGGAUCUACAAGCUGCUGCUUCUUCUUUUUAUUUUUUUUUUUCCUUAAUUUAUUAAGCCGACGAUGGAUCCCGGAGCAGACCAAGGGCAGGGAGGAGUUCAGCUAGGCGGAGGAGAGCAGACACGGCCGCGCUCCGGCCGCCUGCACCCACCGUGUCCCCUCCCUUCGGUGCUUUCCAAUACAGCCCGGUGAUAAACACUUCCAGAGUCCCUGUUUUCUUUUUUUUUUUUUUCCUUAUCUCACUAAACAAUUAAGUUAUUCUGCUGAUGAUCUAGGGGUGGGGUAAUUAGCAGGGUUAAUUUGGAGGCUAAGGUUAAAGUCUGCUCGUAAAAUAGGCCGAUGGAUGGUGCAAGUUACCGGGGAAUCAGAAGCGGAGCGGGUUUGCUUCAUCCGCAGAGCCGGCGUUAGCACCGACACGUAGGCACAGACGUGACUUUUCUUCUCCUUUACCGAUGCGGAAAGACGGGGCGAGGAGCAGCUCCAGCCAUCGCUCCUCCGCUCCCUUCUCAAGGGCCGUUCCUCCUUUAAAUCAAACCCAGAGGGAAAAAAACCCCCC